CUCACCUGCAGUAACAAAUUAUCCUCUCAAUUGCCGAUUUUGAAUCAGUCGGAAAAAUCUUCAAUCCGGAAAAGCAAUGCCUUCUCUCGCCGUUUCCCGAUCCGCAGAAGAAUCGCUUACUCCUCAGAAGCGAAGACUGAGAUCCAACUCCACGGCGGCGCCGGAAACCCCGAUAUCUGCUCCGACGAAGCGGAAGUCGCCCCGCCGAUGUCUCGAGUCCUCUCCCUCUUCUCAUCCUACCGUCUCAACAAGGAACGAUUCAAUUGGACCGAUUUCGAACUCAUCGAAAUCGCUUGCUGAGGAAUUGAGCGAGGAUUUCUCUAAGAAACUGAACUGGAAUCCUAGUGAUGCAUCCCAAGUGAGCGCGGUGAAGGAGGCGUUGCACGUUUCAACAUCUCCACCAACGAUUGUUUGUCGCGAAGAAGAGCAGAGAAGAGUGUUUGAUUUCUGUAAGGCUUGUGUUGAGAAGGAACAAUCUGGGAGCUUGUAUGUGUGCGGAUGCCCUGGGACAGGGAAGAGUUUGUCAAUGGAGAAAGUUUCGAAUCAGCUGAUUGAAUGGGCCAGAGAUGGUGGGUUUGAGCCUCCAGAGGUACUGUCCAUUAAUUGUACCGCGCUUACGAGCUCUUCUCAGAUUUUCGGCAAGAUUGUUGAUAAUGGUUAUGUGAAAGUGAAGACCAGUGGAACCAUUGCCCCUUUGCAACAUCUCCAGAAUGUGUACUCUCAAAAGCAGCAGUCUUCAAGUUCAAAGAUG